CCUUUGACCGUAUCUGGCCGUAGCACCACUCCACCUACAACAUGGAGGAGGACUAGCCAGCGACCAUGGUAAAUGGAUCCAUGAUGAAAUCCAGAUUUACUCCUUGACCUCUGAAUUUACAUGGAAUCCAUGACGAGAAACACAUGGCGAAGAUGCACGAAAUAAACUAGGACUCCUCCUCUUCUCUUUGCUUGAAGUAUUCAAUUCAGAUUCUGACGAGGAGGUCUAGUCGGCGAGGCAACCGCGCCAAGCCGCCAGCACGAAACACCGGCAGUAGCAGGCAGAGCUAACGCCAUCAUCACCGGCCAACAUAAAUAUACGAGUACUACCACCACGGCGAACGUUUUGCUGCCACUACCCAGCUACUAGCAGUACGCACGCACGUAGUGCGGCGGCAAAAGCAAUCUGAAACAGGGGUUGGUGGAGGCGAGCGAGCGAGCGGGCGGCGUUUGGUUUCGUCGUCGGCGGUACUGGUACCGACCACCGAGCAGGCGAUGGAGACGGUGGAGGAGGACGUGGAGGAGUACAGUUGGAGGGAGGUGGUGCUGCCGCGCCUCAUCCCGGUCGUCCCCCACGCCGCGCCGGAGCUCGAGCGCGAGACCGGGGAGCGCCGCCGCGGCAGGGACCUGCUCGUCGCCAUCGACUUCGGCCCCAACUCCAGGCACGCCUUCCGCUGGGCGCUCGCCCACCUCGCGCGCAUCGCCGACACCCUCCACCUCGUCCACGCCGUCUCCAGUGUGCAUAAUGAUCUGGUAUACAACAAAAGUCAGGAACUAAUGGAUGAGUUGGCCGUCGAGGCAUUCAAGGAGUCACUGGUCCACACCAAGGCACGGAUUGUUGAAGGGGAUGCUGGAAAGGUUAUUUGCCGAGAAGCAGAGCGACUGAAGCCAGCAGCCGUCAUUAUUGGCACACGUGGUCGAAGCCUUAUUCAGAGUGUGUUGCAGGGAAGUGUCAGUGAGUAUUGCUUCCACAACUGUAAAGCAGCACCAGUUAUCAUUGUCCCAGGCAAAGAAGCUGGUGAACAGUCUGUGCUUUAAAGAGGGGACGACAAGUAGGAGACAGCGGUGCACUGGUUUGGUGUCGCACCUUCAGUUUAAUGUAAUUUAUCUGAUAAGAUGUGUGCAUGCUGUUGUUCUGGAUUUGUUUGUAGUGAGAAUAUUUAUUCUGAACAAGGUAGCGAGAACAUAUUGUAAAUGCUUUUGCUGUAAUCUGAACCAUUUGUGUAGCUCGGCAGUGAAGAAUUGCGGAUUGCUUA